GGAAAAGUUCCGUGGACCGGGACGUAGCCCCCCCUCAGUUCCGGAAGGCGUCUCUACAGUUAUUAAUCAAGCCAAAUAGUAGCUGUCGCCGCCCAUUGGCUUUCUUUGUGCAGACAUAUCGACCUCGCGCACCGUUGAAAACAACAAACAUGGCAGCCUGGAAACGACUGAUUCGCUUUGUUCCGAAGGGCAAUGCGUCAAAGAUUUUGAUCGGCGAGCCAUCGCCAGAUAUCCAAGAUGUCGGAGCUGCGCUGUACAAAGGCCAGCCUGUCACGGCCACCGUCUUCAGCGGGUCGUCUGUGUUGAGCCCGGGGAACGCAACGGGCGAGGAAGCCGAGGUGGAUCGCGUGCUCUCGCCGCUCCAGCAGUCAGAAGUUGGGACGAUCCGGUGCAUAGGUUUGAACUACAAGCAGCACGCAGCAGAAUGUGGCUUUGAGAUUCCCAAGAUUCCGUCUGUGUUCAUGAAGCCAGAGACGAGUCUGGGCGAUCCGUGGCCGGCGCCGGUGCCGCUGCCCAAGGCUACCCAGCGGGACGAUUCGGGAGACUACGAGAGCGAGCUCGCCGUCGUCAUAUCCAAGGACUGCAAGAACGUGUCGGAAGCCGACGCUCCAAACUACAUUCUGGGCUACACCGCCUCCAAUGACGUCAGCUCUCGAACGGCUCAAUUCGCAACAACGCAGUGGAGUCAUUCAAAAAGCUUUGAUGGCGCCUGUCCCAUCGGACCGGUGCUUGUUAGCCCCGAACUCAUCCCAGAUCCGGCCAAGUUACACUUGAGAGGCUUACACAACGGUCAAGUCGUCCAGGAUUGUGGCAUUGAUGACCUGAUCUUCAGCGUCCCUAAGAUUAUCUCUCAUCUUUCUGAAGAUACCACUCUCAAAGCCGGUACUUUGAUCAUAACAGGCACCCCUGCUGGUGUCGGUGUCUUCAAGAAGCCCAAGUUAAGUUUGAAAGCUGGAGACGUGUUCACGGUCGAGAUCCUGCCUUACAUUGGAUCUUUGAUUAACAAGUUUGAGAAUGCAUAGUUGCAUUUUCUUUUUCAUUUUAAUCCGCACGUUUCUGGGAAUAGUCUACAGCUAGAUAGGACGGUGCAUAUCACAUGAUACGAAAUGACUGAAUACUUCAACCCUUUCCA